GGUUUUGACGGAUCGAACACCUGAGAGAGAAAAUACGGAAAAUUAGAACCAUGGGAAACCUCACUCGUAAUGAAUAAAUAAAAAAUAAUAUUUUGGAUGGCGUUAUCAUAGGAUCGUAUGCCCAAAGUCAACUAAGACGAAAGGUAUGGCGAACCGGGCAAAGACGACGGCUCGACUCGAGUCUGAUAUUCAGGUUGCGAGGGAUGAAAGUAAUUGGAGACGGGUAAUCGACCUAGCCGAGCAACUUCGAACAAGAUCUCCACAUUUAGAUAUUCUUGCAGCCUUUUUGAUAGGGGAAGGCAAGCUCGAGUCCUACUUGUUAGACAACCCACCCGUCGAGGCUUCACAUCAUAAAGCCAAGAUGGGCUUGCAUGACGCUAAAAAAUACUUAGUUAAAGCUGCUGGAGCUGAAGAUGGAAACUCAACUGAGUCUCAAAAAGCUGCUGUUUCCCUUGACGCUUAUCUAUUGCUAGGAAAACUGAGCUAUGCCUGUGGUCACUACGAAGAAACCCUUGAGAAUUUCAGAAAAGCUGACUUAGAAAACCUAGCUGAAAAAACUCUGCCAUGCCGAAGUGUUCGUAUUGUAGCCGAGUCAUUUGCAAUCAGAGGCAUAUGUCUGGAGAAAAACUUGUCCACUCGACAUCCCAAAUUCAAGCAAUCAGAUGCACAGGAGAAAAUAGAUAAGUGCAUGAAAGUAGCAACUGAUUUAACAUUCCUUUACCUGCAAGAGCUGGACGAGAAGAACGCCACCUCUUUAAAUUCCAACACGGGUACCCUGACUGCUGGAGGCUCAAUUCCAGGGUCUUACUCUCCCCAACCACCUAGUCCUGGCAAACUGCUGGGAGCCGAAGGUUGGAGAGACACUGGCUUGAUUCUGCACCAACUUUUGGUUAGGAAUCAAACCAGCAACAUUCCGUCACCAAAUAAGGCGUUGCAACCUGGCCAGGUUCAGAAACUCAGGUAUUUACUUGGUGCUGAGGAGAGCAAUGGCACUCAAGGAAUCCGUCUGAGUUUGGCCAAGCAGUUGGCUGACUUGCUACUGCGAGGCUACGUAAAUGGACCUCUUUAUCAGGGAAUUGAGGGAUCGAAAAAGAAAAAGGAUGGCGCCUGGAAACCGAAGAAAUAUUACAGCAUAAACAUGUUUGUCCCCAAUAACGAGCACGAAGAAACGAUUCUUUUGCUUCUCAUCAGCGAGGCAAUGGCAGUGAGAAAUGCAGUUCUGAGUCAGAGCCCAGAAUUCAAGGAGCAAAGGCUGAAAGCGUUUGAGACAGCUUGUAAUACAUACAACUUGUUGAUCGUUUGCCUUGCGAGAUGGGGCCAAACGAAACUUUUUCAUGAGUGUUUAGAGCGAGGUGCUAUCAAAUUCAGCUUUGACGAGCCGCACACCUGGCAUCAAUACGCUCUUUCACUAAUUUCAAUCGGAGAACACGUUCAGGCAAUGCGCGUCAUGGAGGAGCACUAUCGCUUGAACCCACACGCAGCCGCGCCCUGUUUGCUGGCUGCUAGGACUUGCUACGUCCACCUGAAAGACUACGAAUUGGGGAUCAAAUGGAGUCAGCGGGCGUGCGACGGCAAAGAGGGUUCUCCAUACGCCGUCCUCUCGGCUCGGAGUUACAUGAUGCUUGGCAUUGGCUACCACCUGCAAGCUCUUUAUGGGCUGGACCACUCUAACAGGACUAAGUCGUCAUCUUUGGCCCUGGAAAUGCUUCAAAAAGCCCAGUCAAUGGGACCUGGUGACCACUUGAUUCAUCAUUACUUAGCGCUUGUUUAUGCUCACAAUCGCCGGCUGCCUGAAGCGAUUUCCAACAUCAAGCAAGCGCUGAAUUUGCGCUCUGACCACGCUCCUUCGCUUCAUUUACUCUGUUUGCUCCUCACUGCCCAAAAGCAAUACCAAGAUGCCAUGAAUCUUGUCAAUCUUUCCCUGGAGGAGUGGCCUGAUUCAAUGGAAUUGAUGUACCUUAAAUCACAACUUGAACUUCACCUGAAUGGGCCAGAAACGGCAAAACUAACUGCGAGCAAAAUGUUAAUGCUAUGGAAAAAGUUGUAUGAAGAUCACGCUUCUAGUGGCGAUGACACAGCCCAGUCCGAACGGAGGUCUGAAUCGCGAAGUCUUUUCCAUUUAUCGGAAAAUGGUUCCAACACCCAUUCAAGAGUAAUGAACGGUGGAGGACCCAUGUCUGUUUCGUCAGUCUCAUCACUGCCCAGAAAACAAAUCAAGGGCCAACAUUGGGACUGGCUGGCCAAGGUGUGGCUCCUGAUGGCCGAACUUUGUCUACAUUCCAAGCAGAGGGAACAAGCGCUGAAGUGCAUUGAGGAGGCAGUGCAGAUUCAUUCCACCACUCCUGAAGUUUUAACUGCUAGAGGUCUCAUCAGCGAGAUGGACGGAAAUUAUUCAGAGGCCAAAAACUGCUUUGAAGGUGCGAUGUCCUUGGAUCCAAACAACUUGCGUGCACUGCAACAACUGGCUAAAGCAUAUUUGGGUCUUGGCAAGAAUAAAAUGGCUGAAUUCGUUCUAUGGAAGGCCGCCAAACUGCAUCCCCAGGAGUAUGAGACUUGGUAUCUCCUGGGUAUGGCACUUGAGCUGUUGGGCGACCACAUGGCGUCAGCUGAUUGCAUGGUUGUUGCUCUUGAUGUCGAAAAUUCUAGUCCCUUGGUGCCGUUUUCAUCUGUUGGGUUGGCUUUUGAAUAAUGCUUCUGCCUUUUUAAAUGUACUGUUACUGAAUGUACUAAAAACUAUUAAAUUAUAACCUCCGGUGACGAUAAUAACAUGUAUAAAGCUAGCGUAGUUGAAAUUAUACAAAUUAAUGAUUGUUGCUCCUGGCUCAUGUACACUAUGAAUAAACCAUCUUUUUUGUUUUCUA